AUGGAGGGCGACCCGGCAGCAGCUGCCGCCACCGUCAGCUCGUCCUCGGGCUCCGGCUCGGAACCUUCUGUGGCUCCAUCAACCACGACCCUCCCUUCCUUGGACGCGCCCAAGCCCAAGCAAAGGCGUGUGACGCAAGCCUGCGACUACUGCCACCAGCGCAGCAUCCGCUGCCGGCCUUGCGGUGACGGCCUCUCGUGCGCCAACUGCAAAGACUUUGACCAGCCGUGCACCUAUCACCGGAAGCCGCGCCGGCGCGGUGUCCAGCCGCGAGGACCGACCGGCCGCCGUCCGCCCGAGAGUGCCACCCAUGCCGAGAGGACGCCCCCGGACGCGAGCAAGACGCCCUCCUCGCCGCUCGAAUGCUCCCGCUCGGCGCCGGCGCCUCCCCAUUCGCUUCCCUUCCGCCGUCCCGAUGCCGGCCGAGUGCGUGACGGUGACCACGUCUGGGCCGCUUCUUCGAUUGCUUCGCAGGCCACCAUCGUCGACCUGGUCGACCUCUACUUUGAGAUUGUCUACCCCAUCUUUCCCUUCUUCCACCAGCCGUCCUUCACCCGCCGCAUCUCCCGCGCAGACCAUCUCGACAGCCGGCCUCUCUUCGCCACCACCAUGGCCGUCUGCGCCCUUGUCAGCAGCCGCAUCCGCGACGGCUCCGUCUCGAACCCGCGCUGGAACCUCGCUUGUCUGUGCGACCCCUCGCCCGAUGUCUUUUACGCCGAGGCUGAGAGGCAGCUCGUCGACAUCACCGAGGAUGCCUGCCUCGACGUGCUGCGCGCCCACGCCGUCCUCGCCAUUGCGGCCAUCCAGAACUGCCGGAUACGUGACAUGAACCGCCACCUCGGCACCUAUCACACUCUCGUCGCCAUGGACGCCUUGCACGACGAGUCCAACUGGCCCGCCGGCAUCGGUGUCGUCGAGAAGGAGGAGAGGCGGCGCUUGUUCUGGUCCAUCUACACGCUCGACAUCUACGCAUCCGUUGUUUGGGGUGGUAUCAUUCGCUCGCGCGAGCAGCAGUCCAACGUGGCCUACCCGAUCGAGGUAGACGACGAGUUCAUCGACGACGCCGUUGCCGUCGACGACGAUCACAGCCCCCACUCGGCGAGCUCGACGUUGAACCGCGGCGCCCGCACCGUCCGUUCCGAUUGCUGGCUGUCGGGCUGGAACUUCAUCACCGAUCUCUACCGGGUCCUGGAGCACGCCCUGACGCGCUUCCGCUACAACAGCAACCGCUCUCGCCGCCAGUCUUUCCUGCACGAAAUAUUCGACGACAAGUUCACGAGCGUCACCGAGGCCUCGGUCCGGGACAGCGUCCUGCGCAUGUACAUCGACCUGCCGGCCCGCUUCAAGGAGACGCCCAAGCUCACGUACAACGUGAAGCAGGACCGCUUCGGCUUCCAGGCCGCCAACAUAACGGGGAGCCUCCAGCUCGUCCGCAUGGUCCUCUUUGCCGCCGGCGGAGCGAGCAUCGACGAGAGGUGCCAGAUUGUCCGCGAGGUGGUGGAUGCUUUCGUCUCCGUGCCCGUCUCGUACCUGCUCGCCAUCAGCACGCCGCUCCUGUACCAUCUCGGCGGCAUCGGCGCCUUUCUCGGCUCCGUCUUCGAGGAGCCGCUGAGCGAGUGCGACUACGGCCAGGUGAGGUCCAUCAUGCUGUCGCUGGCCCAGCUGCUCGAGCACCUUGAGGCCAUGCACCACUCGGCCAGCGCGAGCGAGAAGCUUCGCUCCCAGGUGAAACGAAUUGACGACUACAUGAGAACUCAACGGCACGCCGUGCCUGUCCGCCCACCGCCGUCGGCACCGCCAGAAGGCAGACUUCCCGUCCUCGCGACGCAAACAACUCCACCCGAGGCGGGAAACAUGCCAGCGGCUUCGUACCAACCGCUGGGGUUGCCCAUGACCGACAGCUGGUCAUUUCAAGUUCCUGCGGAAAUGCUCGAUGAGCUCAACUGGAAUUUCGACUUUGGGUCGCUGUGGAACGGAUAA